AUGAAGUUAACACUACUGCUGCUUGUAGUUACUGGCUGUCUUGCAAAACCUCAUCUGAGUAAGUACAUCAAUAUUUGUCUUGGUUGUUAAAUCAUUCAAGACUAAUCAUGCCCAUUAUAGCGUACUCCUUAGUUGUACUGGCGCUCUUCAUUUAGUUACUUUAUCCAUCAUCUGAAUUUCUUUGUAAGCUUAUUUGUAGUACACGAUGUAAUAUAUUUGUGGUUGUCUUAUAAGCCUAUGACCACUAGAGAGAGGGUUGUUGGCCUAAAUAAUCCCCAUCAAUGUGUCAUUCAGUUCGACUAAGAAUAAAUACGCCCAAGUGAACGGGUGCGCCAUGCAGUUGGACAAUGUAUAGGCAUGGAUUACGACAAAGGAUAGCGGGAAUGGAUUUCAGGUCAGGACUUGUUUCAGUUUGCGCAGCCUCACAAUAGAUAAAUAGCCAUAGAUAUAUUACGACAUACCUAAUUAGUUCUUCAAUAUUACCAUGUUUCUUCUUAUACCUAUAGAAUAUGAGGGGAACAUAAAUUAUAAAUUGCACAUAUCCAAUUGCACAAAUUAUGAUUCAAUAAAAGAUGUUUAUCUAUAGGGGAAAACUUCAAUCAAUGCUCUCCCCACCCCGAAGGGUUCCGUUUGCAAUGUUUUAUAUAUAGGGGAAAACAGGGACGUGCUGGUGUCUUAAAAAGAACAACGAAUGAGUAACGUGUGAAAGGGUCCAAGUCCGGUUAUAGAUACGUCAAUAUUAAUAUUUUUUCCCCAAAAUUGUUGGCAGGGGGGAGGGCGCCCAUUUUUUCCGAAAGCACAAAUAUUUUUCCGGAUAUAUCGUAAUUUUGCCGGGCAUACAAAUAUUUUUCCGGACAUAUCGUAUUUUGUUAAAUUUUUCCGUAAUAUGUUCAUAAAUUUAAAUUUUUACAAUAUCAAUUGUAAUGUCUUAAUUUUCAAAAUUAAAAUCUAUAUUUUUCAUUUUUUCCAAUAUUUUCAUUUUAGGGGCCCAUGAUAGCAGGGGCGCACAACAAGUUCUCGUUGGCUCGUAACUGGCCAGCACGUCCCUGGGGAAAAAUUCAAUCAAUGCUCUCCCCACCCCACCCCAGCAUGUUCCGUUUGCAAUGUUUUAUCUAUAGGGGAAAACUUCAAUCAAUGCUCUCCCCACCCCGACUCAUGCUCCGUUUGCAUAUUCUCACAUACAUUCGAAAGGAUUUUACCGACUUAACAAAUAUGGAUGUAGUUAGUUAGUAUCACUAAUAUGGGGAAUUAAAAAAACAAAAUAACUGUACAGACGAGAGAUGGUUAAAUCGCUUGCUAAAUGUAGGUGGUUUCUUGUAAAUUAUUUUAGAAAAGAAAUUUAUUUAAUAAAGUAGAAGUAGGACAUACCUUUCCGUCGAUGAUUCAAUAUUAUCCAUUUUACAAAGGAAAACAUCUUCUAAAUUAUACAAUUAAAAAAGAACAACAUUGAAAAUCAUAUUUCAUUUCUCUAAAUAUAAAAAAUAAUAGGGAUAAUAUAAAUGCCUUAAUUUCUAGGGGAAAAGCGUAACUUAAUCCCCGCGAGGAGGAAACUCUUGAUGCGACUCCAGCUGAUGACAGAGCUGUCACAAGCAGGAUUGCUACGAGUAUGAAGAAAAAAGAAAAUAAAUCUUGCAUAUUUCACUUCUAAAGUUAUUUAGAUAUUUUCGAAUUGAAAAUUUUAAAAAGGAAAAAGGGAAAAACAAACUUCAACCGCUGCAAGAAGAGAAGUUUACUUAAAUAAGCAAAGCAAUUUACUUAAAUAAAGAUGUUUUCAAACCCGACUUCAAGAAUAUUCCGAAAAUUGCAGCUGAUCAUGAGCAGUUUUCUAAUUAUUUAAAUGUAGCGAUAAAACAAGCAGGAAAUUAAACAGGAAUAUCUUAUAGUGUUAUGAGCCAUUGCGGAAAAUUUUCUACAUUAAUAUAUUCGCUUUGCUGGUUGACUGAUGGCCACUGAUCUUAAAAUAAUAGUGGAUACUUGAACGAACUUAUCUUCGAUUGUUUGAACAUAUAAUAUAAAAACGUAUAUAACAACACUUAUAGUGGAUUGGUACAGACUUUAAUCUAUUCCAGAACAAGGCAGUUUAUUACAGAAAAAUUAAUCUAACUGUCAAUUGAAAUUCAGUUAUAUGGUAGUAUUGAUCGUGCAUAGUACAAACUGAACAAAUUAGGAGGGAAAACACAACAAUACAAGAACAACAAUAUUGACAAAAAUAAAUGCUAAAAAAACAUAUGUGAUAUGAUCUUGUAUUUCUGUAAAUUUCAGGUCAACGAGAACGAAAUUUCUGGGAAAAACUAAAUCGUCUCCAGGAUUAUAAACCUGAUGAAAGCAAGCGAGAUUUCUACGACGAUAAUGAAAGCAAGCGAGAUUUCUACGACGAUAGUGAAAGCAAGCGAGAUUUCUAUGAUGAUGAUGAAAGCAAGCGAGAUUUCUACGACGUUGAUGAAAGCAAGCGAGAUUUCUACGACGUUGAUGAAAGCAAGCGAGAUUUCUACGACGUUGAUGAAAGCAAGCGAGAUUUCUAUGAUGAUGAUGAAAGCAAGCGAUCGGCAAUAACAGCACCAGCAACUACAAAGAAAACUCCUGUAACGAUAGUACUACCAACUACAAAGAAAACUCCUGUAACGAUAAGACCAGCAACUACAAAGAAAACUCCUGUAACGAUAAGACCAGCAACUACAAAGAAAACUCCAGCAACGAUAAGACCAGCAACUACAAAGAAAACUCCUGUAACGAUAAGACCAGCAACUACAAAGAAAGCCCCAACAUCGGAAAUUGAAGAAGUGGAAGUUGCAUUUAACAAAAGUCGCUGGAAAUCUAGGUAUAUAUUUUAUAUUCCAGCCUUUUUCGAUAGUUCAAACACAAACCACAGAAGCUUAUUCAUUUAUUGAUUGAUUCUCUUUUCAGGAACGAAGCUAUAUGGGUAUUCACUGAUAAUUGGUCUGAAGCAGUCUUUGGUGACUUGGUUGCUGGUUACUCAGUAUUGAUAGUCUAUGAUGGAGCCAGACUACCGUGGAGAGAUAUGAAGUAUGGACAGAGAGCAUGGAAUAUCUUUGCUCAGUUCAAGUUUGAUGACGGAAAAGUACAUCAACAAUUAUUGCAAGGACCAAUAAUGAUUGAAGGUAGCCCCCUACUUGUCAUUUUUAAGUCGGGUGUUCAAGCAAGCAAUUUUUCAACUUGCUGGGUUUGAUCUGAGUAAUAUCACAAUAAUUUUUAUUCCAGAAUAAUUUUUAUUCCAGGUCAUGAAAUAUUGACAACACAGAUCUUCCUUCCUUUUGGUACAUCAAAGUUGACCAUCUGGUUUAAGUUUUCGGGAGCAACAAGUGGAAUUCACUGGGACAGUGACUAUGGUAAGAACUAUGAAGAACAAGUACAUGAAGUAAAGGAACCAACUCUUGUAUUUCAUGCAGAUUACACAGAAGAUCAAUAUGGAAGACCUCUAGAACAAGGGAAGAAGUUCCAAGUGUACUACUCCACCGGGAGACUGGACGUGAGUGGUGGUUUCAGGCUAUACGCAGUCGCACAGUUCAAAGCUUCUGGGAGCUCCAUAACACAUGAGCUCACAAAUCCUCACAAUAGUUAUUACGUCACAUCUUUCCAUGUCUCGGAAGACGCAGAAGAAGUGAUCAUGUGGUUUUAUGCAAAAAGAGGAGACGAAAGACAUUAUGACAGUAAUUUCGGAGCUAACUAUCACUUUCCACUAGGUUAUUAGAUUACACUCAUUAGAGUAGCGCUCCAAAAAUAGUGUACGAGAUUUUCUAGGGAUUUUUAGAGAUCUUUAGGGAGUUAUUAAAGAUUUCCGGGGAUUUAUUAGGGAUUUUCAGGAACUUUUAAGGGAUUUUUUCAAGAUGUACGAGAUUUUUGUGAGUGAUACACCCCUCGGAUAAGAGUUAUUGGCUUGGAACAGCACUUCAUCACUUACAUGUAUUGUUUGCAUUAUGUUGUGCAGUCUUGUAAUCAC